AUGUCUUUACCCUCAAUCGCUGGGACUAAGAGACCUCAAGUAGCGAGGCACAAGGUCAACGAAAGCCCGCCACUCACGCGCGCAGGCCACAACGAUACGCUCCUCGAGGUGUUGAAGAUCAGCAGAUCGGCGCAUGAGCGGAGCAUUGGCAAACCCGAACGGAGGGCACUUGAGGCGGGCUUCAUCGACGCGUUGUGCUCGGGCCGCAAGUCGACAAGCCUGCUCGGAUAUCGACGCCGUGAGUGUAUCGAACAGAUUCACUGGAGUCUCCCCCUCUUGUAUAGGGAGCAUUUCAAGCCGUAUGCGUCCAAUUGCCUGGAGAUCCUGGAGUGCUGGAGUUACGAUGGCGUGACGACUGUGGAGCGCGACCACAAUUUCAGGCUGGCGCGCCUUGACGAUGACAAUCAGCCGGGUAAACCGUACGAUUUCAAUGCCAGGCUAUGGCGCUGGCUCAAGACCCAAUGCGCGCCGCGAAUGACACUCAAUCGAGAUGCGUUCGAGCCGAUCGAAGCAGAGUUCGACCUGCACGAAGAAACGAUCCCAGCGUUCCUCAGGGAAGGGGGAAGCUACCUGAUGCAUAAAGUGAUCGGACAGAACGGGGAGACUACAAAAGUCAAGAUUGUCCUCAAGGUCAUGCAACACAUGGAAAUUUCGAACUGCCUUCUCUCGCUCACAUACGACGUGGCGCGCAAUUGGAUGGACGCCUUCAUUUGUGGCGACGGCAUUGUCUUCGAGAGAAUCUGCGACAGGGGCCGAACGGGCCUUGGAAGACAGCAGGAGCAAGUGGUCGCACCGUUGAUAUCGACUCCAGACUUGUGGACCAACCCUCUGCUUCUGCCUGCGGUCGUCUUGCAUGCGUGCGAGACUCGAAUGGUGAGAGCUUGCCAAUCCGUCAGAAAGCGCUCGAUUGAAGUGGAGGAUCGCGUUGGCGUGACCUGGGGUGAAUCGCCACACGAUGCCUGCGAACAAUCGAGUUGGCCGCUUGAUAUCGACGUGGGGUUGGCGACCAGGGAGUUGCACAGUUUGUUGCAUCGGAUCCAGUUACUGUUGGGCAUCUCGGCCUCGCUAUCUUCAUUUGCUAGCUGGCUGCUUGAGACCGAGUACAAGAUGGUGGCCGAUCCAAGCCUCAUGCAAAAAGUGGCAACUGUGGAAUUGCGAGGCUCCGUGGAGAACAUUGCAUCAGGCAUUGACAGUUUGUGUGGAUAA